AUGGUGUUGUUUCUGAUAGGGGUCUCUGCAGCCGUGAACAUUUCAUCUCAUGACAACCAAACGGCAGGGAACCCCACCCACCAGGGUGCUCAUGUGCUGCCGUCCACGCUGAUCUUGUCCCUUGUCCUCAUAUUCGCCGUCCUACUGAUCAUCUACUGUCUCAGGUUCAAGAACCACAGGAAAGCUCUUGUUACGUCUGUUGAUAAAAAGCUUCCAAAUGGCUUCCUGGAGGAACAAGGAGAGCAAAGAGUGGUCCUCCUCCCCAGAUCCCCCUCACCCUCCAAGAGGUACUUCCCCAUCCCGCUGGACGCACUGGAAGAGGAGUACCGCGUCCGCUCGGCCGACGACGGCAAACUUUUCAGAGAGGAGUUCAACUCGCUGCCGUGUUACUAUCACCACGGGUCCUUUGAGGAGGCCAGCAAGGAGCAUAACAGAGACAAAAACAGAUACCCCAACAUUUUACCAUAUGACCAUUCCAGAGUCGUAUUGAGCCACAUUGGACAUUUGUGUUCCGAUUACAUAAACGCCUCUUAUAUAGAUGGUUUUAAGCAAAAGAAGAAAUUCAUUGCUGCGCAAGGUCCAAAGCUGGAGACAGUGGCUGAUUUCUGGCGGAUGAUUUGGGAGCAGAAGACGGCAACGAUAGUGAUGCUGACCAAUCUCAAAGAAAGAAAAGAGGACAAGUGCUUCCAGUAUUGGCCAGAAAAAGGCUGCUGGAUGUACGGCAACAUGAGGGUGGCCAUGGAGGACGUCACCGUUCUGGUGGAUUACACGGUUCGCAAAUUCUGCAUUCAGUAUCAGGGCAGCGAUGGGCCCCGGGCCCCGUGUCUGGUCACUCAGCUCCAUUUCACCAGCUGGCCAGACUUCGGGGUGCCAUUCUCGCCCAUCGGCAUGCUGAAAUUCCUCAAGAAGGUCAAGGCUGUCAACCCGUCCUACGCUGGACCCAUUGUGGUGCACUGCAGCGCGGGAGUGGGGAGAACGGGCACAUUCAUUGUCAUUGACAGCAUGAUCGACAUGAUGCACAUGGAGCAGAGAGUGGACGUCUUUGGCUUUGUGAGCAGAAUAAGAGAGCAGCGCUGUCAACUCAUCCAGACCGAUAUGCAGUACUCCUUCAUCUACCAGGCCCUUUUGGAGUACUACCUGUACGGAGACACCGAACUGGAUGUGUGCUCUCUGGAGGGACAUCUGCACGGGCUUCACAACACCAGGGCCCCCCACGACAGACUGGGCCUGGAGGAUGAGUUCCGGAAGCUGACCAAUGUGCGCAUAAUGAAGGAGAACAUGAGAACGGGAAACCUCCCAGCCAACAUGAAGAAGAACCGCGUGCUUCAGAUCAUCCCGUAUGAUUUCAACCGAGUCAUUCUUUCAGUGAAAAGAGGGCAGGAGUUCACCGACUACAUCAAUGCCUCUUUUAUUGACGGCUACAGGCAGAAGGACUAUUUCAUCGCAACCCAGGCCCCCCUGUCUCAUACGGCGGAGGACUUCUGGAGGAUGGUGUGGGAGUGGAGGUGCCACUCAAUCGUUAUGCUUACUGAACUAAAGGAGAGGGAGCAGGAAAAGUGUUUCCAAUAUUGGCCAUCAGAGGGCAGUGUGACAUUUGGAGACUACGCUGUGGAGCUGAGUGGAGAUUCGCAGGGUGAAACCUUCACCCUCAAAGACUUGCUGCUGACUUGCAGACAAGAGAACAGGUCUCAACACGUCCGCCAUUUCCACUUCCACGGAUGGCCAGAGAUCGGAAUACCGGCGGAGGGCCGUGGGAUGAUUGACAUCGUGGCCUCGGUGCAGAGGCAGCAGCAGCAGUCUGGAAACCGUCCCAUCGUCGUGCACUGCAGCGCCGGCGCGGGUCGGACGGGCACCUUCAUCGCCCUCAGCAACAUUCUGGAGCGCGUGAAGGCUGAGGGCCUUCUGGACGUCUUCCAGACCGUCAAGAGUUUACGCAUGCAGCGUCCGCAUAUGGUGCAGACUGUGGAGCAGUACGACUUCUGCUACCGAGUGGUGCAGGAUUUUGUCGACAUCUUCUCCGACUACGCCAACUUUAAAUAA